AUGUUUUUGGAGCUACCUUUAUUUCCUAAAAAUGUCAAAGAAAUGUGUAUUGUCCGUUAUUGGCUAGAAAAACUUUUUCGUUGUGGUUAUGAAAAAGCUGAAUUUGAUAAUAUUAUUUUCAAUCCAGUCUUAAUUAAAUUACUUUUUGAAAAUGAAGUAAUGGAGCUUAAUACCAGACAAACUAUUUUGGAAUAUUGUAUUGAGAAAUUUGAAUCUGAGGCAAUGAAAUUUGUUAAAGAUCAUUUGAAGACUUUUAUUAAAUUUUCUGUUGAGUUUACUUUGUGCAAUAAUACGGAACAAUGUAAUGGAAUUAUUAUGGAUAUUUUUAAUGAUGGAGCUAGAUUUCCUCAUGUUUGUAUAACUUCAAGCUUGCAUCCUUCAAUACUUGAAUUAAUAGAGAACGUAAGAAAAAUACCAUAA